AAGACAACUCGGGCAGAUGCGCCCAUACCAUUCAUUCAUUGAUUAGUGAAGCAGAUCGUAGGCAGUUCGUUUAGCGGAAACUACACAUAACACAUACACCCGGUAUUGUUUUCAGUAACAAGAGAAUAAUGGCUCAGGGAGGAAGGAAAAUUGUCAUCGGAGUGGAUGAGAGCGAGUUCUCGGAGCAAGCUUUUAACUUUUAUGUGGAGAAUUUCCUGAGGGAAGAUGAUACCCUCUUUCUCGUGCAUACUCCAGAGCGAUAUAACUUCGUGGAUGCAAAUCUUGGUACCCCCGUAGAACGCCCUGCUGUCUUGCACGAACUGCUGGAUGAGAUUAACAAAAAAGUGAGAGCACUGGAAAACAAGUACCAAGAGAAAAUAAAGGCGGCAGGCAUCAAAUUGGGAAAAUUUGUGACCAAACAGGGGGGACCAGGAGAAGCGAUUGUAGCCGUGGCGGACAAGGAGAAGGCCAAUAUGAUAGUGACUGGUUGUCGAGGGAUGGGCAAAAUAAGGCGGACAUUUCUGGGCAGUGUCAGUGAUUACGUCAUUCAUCAUGCCCAUUGUCCUGUCCUUGUGUGCCGGAAGUGAACAGCAAUGAAGAUUAGAUCUUAACCAACAAUCGUAUUACCUUAUCUCGUCAAUAUAUGGUUCUCUUAUUAUAAUAUUUACUCUUUUUGUCUUUUAAACUGUUUAUUGUAGAUUACAAAUAUUUACUCGGUUGAAAUUCAUGUAUUAUAUAGUGAAAUUCAUAUAUUUAUUUACUAUUGUUAUAAAUAUAAAUACAAGUAUGUUAGUUAAAAUCAAUUAUCAGCAAAAAAUACAGAUAACUUAUAAAUACUACAGAAAUGUGUAUUAUCAGAAAACAUACCUCGGUGUCAUGUUGACAGUACAGCAUGGAGAGUUAAUUAUGUUCAUAAAAGACAAUUAUCAUAUAUGUUUUCAUUUUCCUGUGUUAUGAAAAAAGAUGUAAUAAAGUCUUGAAACGUUUUAUUUUCAUUCUGUUAAAUACUUUUAUAAGAAGAAUAAUCCAACGAAUUUUAAAGAUUUUUUUUCUUGACAUAAAAAAAUAAGUUCAAUACACACCUGUACUUCUCUCAGUAAUUUAUUUAUACGUACUAGUAUUGCUGAUUGCUGUAUUUUUUAAAAAUGUUAUUAUUUUAUCGAAAAAUUUAUUUGUAAAACCACUGGACUGUGCUUUCGCAUGAGAUAUGAAGUAAACGAAAUUUAAACGAAAAAUUAAAAUUUUAAUGCCACAUAUUUACAGAAUUAAAAGUGUAUGACUUAUAAAAUGUCUGUUAUAAACGCUUAAAACGAAGCUGAUGCUUUUAAUUUGUUGAAUUUAUGCAUGUUUAAAUUUUGUACUGCAUGAUUAUUAUUAUUAUUUUUGGGGCUUUUGGUGGCUUUUUAAGUUAAACAUUCACAUAUGUUGUAACGCUUGGGUCUUUUUAAGCACUUCUUGUGUGUUGUCAAAAUGCACAGUAUAUGACAAGAACAAAAGUAUUUAAAAAGUAUAAAAGUAAGAAAUAUGACAUAUAAAUGUAAAAUUAUUUAUGAAGAAUUGUUCAAGAGAAAGAUAAACUGGAAUAAAUGAAUUGAAUUUCUGA